UAAGGACUCGGGGCAGGAGGGACCGAAGUUGCGCGCGGGCAGCAGGCGGGAGCGGGACACCGAGGCCGGCGUGCGGGCUGCGGGCGUGCGGGAGCCGGGCGCGGAGGGUCGGCGGGGAGCCAGGAGCGCGGCAUGGAGCGUCGGGCGCCCCGCGCCGGCCUCGCGCUGCUGUUGGGCUGCUUGCUGGCCGCGGCCGCCGCCGCGCAGGGCAAGGAAGUUGUGCUGUUGGACUUUGCCGCAGCUAAAGGAGAGCUUGGCUGGCUCACGCACCCGUACGGCAAAGGGUGGGACCUCAUGCAGAACAUCAUGGACGACAUGCCCAUCUACAUGUACUCCGUGUGCAACGUGGUGGCCGGCGACCAGGACAACUGGCUCCGCACCAACUGGGUGUACCGGGGUGAGGCCGAGCGCAUCUUCAUCGAGCUCAAGUUCACCGUGCGCGACUGCAACAGCUUCCCCGGGGGCGCCAGCUCCUGCAAGGAGACCUUCAACCUCUACUACGCUGAGUCGGACGUGGACUACGGCACCAACUUCCAGAAGCGCCAGUUCACCAAGAUCGACACCAUCGCGCCGGACGAGAUCACGGUCAGCAGCGACUUCGAGGCGCGCCACGUGAAGCUGAACGUGGAGGAGCGCUCGGUGGGGCCGCUCAGCCGCAAGGGCUUCUACCUGGCCUUCCAGGACAUCGGCGCCUGCGUGGCGCUGCUCUCCGUCCGCGUCUACUACAAGAAGUGCCCCGAGCUGCUGCAGGGCCUGGCCCGCUUCCCCGAGACCAUCGCGGGCUCCGACGCACCCUCCCUGGCCACCGUGCCUGGCACCUGUGUGGACCAUGCCGUGGUGCCACCCGGAGGCGAAGAGCCCCGCAUGCACUGCGCGGUGGAUGGCGAGUGGCUGGUGCCCAUCGGUCAGUGUCUGUGCCAGGCGGGCUACGAGAAGGUGGAGGACGCCUGCCAGGCCUGCUCGCCUGGAUUCUUCAAGUCCGAGGCGUCCGAGAGCCCCUGUUUGGAGUGCCCUGCACACACCCUGCCAUCCCCCGAGGGGGCCACCUCCUGUGAGUGUGAAGAAGGCUACUUCCGGGCACAGCAGGACCCACUGUCGAUGCCCUGCACCCGCCCUCCCUCCGCUCCGCACUACCUCACGGCCAUAGGCAUGGGCGCCAAAGUGGAGCUGCGCUGGACGCCCCCCCAGGACAACGGGGGCCGCGAGGACAUCAUCUACAGUGUCACCUGCGAACAGUGCUGGCCCGAGUCAGGCGAGUGUGGGCCCUGCGAGGCCAGCGUGCACUACUCUGAGCCACCGCACGCGCUGACCCGCACCAGCGUGACGGUCAGUGACCUGGAGCCCCACAUGAACUACACCUUCGUCGUGGAGGCCCGCAACGGCGUCUCAGACCUGGUGACCAGCCGCAGCUUCCGAACCGCCAGCGUCAGCAUCAACCAGACAGAGCCCCCCAAGGUGAAGCUGGAGGGCCGCAGCACCACCUCACUGAGCGUCUCCUGGAGCAUCCCCCCGCCACAGCAGAGCCGCGUGUGGAAGUACGAGGUCACCUACCGCAAGAAGGGGGACUCCAACAGCUACAACGUGCGCCGCACUGAGGGCUUCUCCGUGACCCUGGAUGACCUGGCUCCGGACACCACCUACCUGGUGCAGGUGCAGGCACUGACACAGGAGGGCCAGGGUGCCGGCAGCAAGGUGCACGAGUUCCAGACGCUGUCCACGGAAGGAUCUGGCAACAUGGCGGUGAUUGGCGGAGUGGCCGUCGGCGUGCUCUUGCUCCUGGUGCUGGCAGGAAUCGGCCUCUUCAUCCACCGCAGGAGGAGGAGCCUGCGGACCCGACAGUCCUCAGAGGACGUUUACUUCUCCAAGUCAGAACAGCUGAAGCCCCUGAAGACAUACGUGGACCCCCACACAUAUGAGGACCCCAACCAGGCUGUGCUCAAAUUUACCACCGAGAUCCAUCCAUCCUGUGUCACGCGGCAGAAGGUGAUCGGAGCAGGAGAGUUUGGGGAGGUGUACAAAGGGACCCUGAAGGUGUCAGGGAAGAAGGAGGUCCCUGUGGCCAUCAAGACGCUGAAAGCCGGCUACACAGAGAAGCAGCGGGUGGACUUCCUCAGCGAGGCCAGCAUCAUGGGCCAGUUCAGCCACCACAACAUCAUCCGCCUGGAGGGCGUCGUCUCCAAAUACAAGCCCAUGAUGAUCAUCACUGAGUACAUGGAGAACGGGGCCCUGGACAAGUUCCUUCGGGAGAAGGAUGGUGAGUUCAGCGUGCUGCAGCUGGUGGGCAUGCUGCGGGGCAUCGCAGCCGGCAUGAAGUACCUGGCCAACAUGAACUACGUCCACCGCGACCUGGCCGCCCGCAACAUCCUUGUCAACAGCAACCUGGUCUGCAAGGUGUCUGACUUCGGCCUGUCCCGCGUGCUGGAGGAUGACCCCGAGGCCACCUACACCACCAGUGGUGGCAAGAUCCCCAUCCGCUGGACGGCCCCGGAGGCCAUUUCCUACCGCAAGUUCACCUCGGCCAGCGACGUGUGGAGCUAUGGCAUUGUCAUGUGGGAGGUGAUGACGUACGGCGAGCGGCCCUACUGGGAGCUGUCGAACCACGAGGUGAUGAAAGCCAUCAACGACGGCUUCCGGCUCCCCACGCCCAUGGACUGCCCCUCCGCCAUCUACCAGCUCAUGAUGCAGUGCUGGCAGCAGGAGCGCGCCCGCCGCCCCAAGUUCGCCGACAUUGUCAGCAUCCUCGACAAGCUCAUCCGGGCUCCCGACUCCCUCAAGACCCUGGCUGACUUUGACCCCCGGGUGUCCAUCCGGCUGCCCAGCACCAGCGGCUCGGAGGGAGUGCCCUUCCACACAGUGUCCGAGUGGCUUGAGUCCAUCAAGAUGCAGCAGUACACAGAGCACUUCCUGGCGGCUGGCUACACCACCAUCGAGAAGGUGGUGCAGAUGACCAACGACGACAUCAAGAGGAUUGGAGUGCGGCUGCCCGGCCACCAGAAACGCAUUGCCUACAGCCUGCUGGGGCUCAAGGACCAGGUGAACACAGUGGGGAUCCCCAUCUGAGCCCCAACCGUCCCCAAGCCCCCCUUGGCCAAGAAUACUUGAAGAAACAGAGGGGCCUCCCUUCCAGCUCGCACUGGGCCACCAGGGACCUUAUUUAUUGCUAGUUGUUCCUUAUUGACACCACCCUGAGGCCUCUGCUGGGGGGUCGUGGACGACACCUUGGCCUAAACUGAGGAGAUGCUCAGGGAGCCCGGGCCGGGGGGCCUCUUCACCUGCGAAGGACAGACAGCCAAGCACUUAGCAGGCACUGCCAUGUUCCCAGCAUCCCCGGGGCAGGAGCCCCCCCCAAGGCCUUCGGACGCACAUGUGGGACGUUUCCAAACUGACCUCCCCUUUGCUGUCUCGGGAGGUGGGGGCUUAGCCCAUGGCCACGGGAACAGGGUACCUCAAGCCCCACCCACUCACAAGAAGCAGACAGACAGCAGACGCAGCUGGGCAAGACCCACCGUGGUCCCCAUCUUUCCAGUGCCUUCCUCAGCCCCAAUGGGCCAAAACCUCCUGCUUCCCCGGGGCCCUCACAGGAUGCUUGGUUGUGUUGAGGUUUUUUAAAUAUGUAUUUUGUACUUUGUGGAGAGAAUGUGUGUGUGGCAGGGGCCUGGCCAGGGCUGGGGGCAGACGACGGCCCGUGUCAGACGUUCCCAGGCUGGGGGCCGGUCCAUCGGGUCCCUCGCCCCCGUUUAGACAACAUUCACCACUCUGUCAGUGUUAACGAUUUUGUUUUGUUGGGUAUUUUUUUUGAAUCUUAAUUUAUUAUUAUUUUUUUUAUAUUUAUUGUUAGGAAAUGACUUAUUUCUGCUAUGAAAUAAAGCUGCAGAUGGUUCAAACUGA